AUGCUGAGCUGCAUCUCGACGCCAUCGUCGACCAAAUAUGAAGUCGCGUCCAAGCUCUUUGAGGACGGCGUCUCGACGUUGUCGUUCCAAGACGCCAAGCGCAGCGACGUCAGCGCGCAGCGCGUGCGCAUCCAAGAGGCGCGGCGGCGCCUCUGCCACGACCAGAUCGCUACACUGCGCGCCCGUCGCGACCGGCUCGCUGCCGCACUCGCCGCCAUGGACACUCGCAUUGACGCACGCGUGGCCAAGAUCGCCCUUGUUGAGCAAGAGCUGAUGCUUCUUUUGCUGGAGCGCUGCGAUUGGUCAAAACUCGGGCAAUUUCCAUUCUCGGACCGCAAAAUGAGCGUGACGACGGACGAGCUCGCGCGGAAGCUGAGUGGGCUCCAUGAGGAGGUCGCGAGCGUCAAGGCGCAGAUCUUCGAGGCGAUCCGGACCUUCUACGCUGGUGCGCCGACGACGUCCUCGAGCAUGUCCCUCGACGAAGCGAUCGAGUUUGCCGGGAGCUGGUCGCGCAAGGUCGACCUCCGUAGCAGCUUGACGGACCUUCCGGCGAGUGAGAUCCAGCUGCGCAUGGCGCGUCUCGAGGCGGUCUUGACCGACACGGUUGCACAGCUGCAGCACGACGACAACGACGACGACAGCGGGACGUUGCACCAGUCUGUCGUCGCACACGAGCGAGUGAGCGUCCAGAUCCAGCAGUCGCAGAGCACGCUCUCGCUGUUGCAGCUUCUCUCCGACGUGGACACAGCGCUACAGAGCUUUGACCUGGCGAUGGACGUGCCCGACCUCACGCGGGCAGCGACGGACCUCGCGGCCAUCGAGACGUGUCUCUCCAAGAUGAACGCGCAGCACCCUACGGCGUCCAUGGAGUACCGUAUCGUGCAGAUCAUGCAGAUGCAGUACGAGGCGCGCUUGAACCAGUUGCAGUGCUACCUCGCCGACACGAUCUCGGGCCUCUGGAAGAUUUCGCCGCGCUCGAUGAGCAUCACGCCAACGUCGAUGCCCGUGUACGACACCUUGCAGCGCACGCGGCAGCUCACGGCGCACCUCGAGCAGCUCGCGGCCGACCUCUACGAACACAUCUUUGCACCGCUUUUUGCGGACGCGUCGCUCGUCCCGACCGUGCGCCAAUCGAUCGUCACACUGACACCCAAGACCGCCGCCUCGACUGGCAUCGCCCGCGUGCAGCACCUCUGCGCGCACGUCAUCACGCUGCUCAAGUUUCUCGCUCCGUUUCUUCCGCCUCUUGAGAGCGAAGCGAGUGUCCUCGCGAUGCUCAUGCCAUUGCUGUGGUCGUCGGCGCUCGAAGCGGCGUUUGUAUCGCUGCUGCAGUCGACGCUGCCACCGGACGCGGCCCAGUUGCGGGACUUCAAGCAACACUUGACGCCUGUGAUGCACAGCUUUGAAGCGUCGCUCGUGGCCCUCCGACUCGCUCUACCCGCGUCGCUCGUCUCGUUUGGCCAGCACUUGGACGUGCAAUUCGCCGAGCACAAGCGCGCCAUCUUGCUGCAGGAAGCCCGGGAACGCAUGCAGCACGACUACCUCAACUCGGUGCUCGUGCCGAGCUACCCGGCCGUCCUUGUCCCGACCAACCACAAGAAGAAGACGACGGUGCACGUGUCGCCGAUGGGGACGGACGACGACCGGUCGACGCCGAUGCGCGUGUCGGUCUGUGCCCAGUGGCUCGUCGCGCAGGUCGACCAGCUUUUGGCCGAGACUAGCGAGUGCGACGUCGCCGGUCCGCUUUUGCUGCAAACCGCCCGCGAUCUCUUCGCUCUGUUUUCGGCGCUCAUGCCGACGCUGUACAAGGAAGAGCUGCGCUUCGACCCGCGCCUCGUCUUGCUCCUGCACAAUGACGCCAUGUACUUUACGCGGCACAUGCUCACGCUCUGCGACAAGUCGCGGCUGCCGCCCUCGCUGCACGACAGCGCGACGAUGAUCGACUUGGUGCCCGACUUGCGCGAUCUUGGCGAGACCAAGCUCGUGGCCUUUGCGAAAGCGCACGCAACGCAGCUCGAGGACGCACUGCGCUCCGCCUUUGUGCCAUAUGCAUCGCUGGACGACGACGACGCGUUCAACCAGCUCGAGACCGCGAUCAAGUCGGUCGUGUUCAAGCUCGAACGCAUCGUGCACGCAUGGAAGGGCGGGUUGGCGCCGCUCGACGUCUACUGCCGCAUGGUGGCCAACCUCCUCGAGCCGCUCCUGCGCGUUUUGCUCGACGCGCUGCUUGUUUCGCCGUCGCCACGCGCCGUCGUCGUCUUGCCGCCGAAAGCGGUGCACCAACUGCACUACCUCUUCUCGCUCCUCCUCCACUGCGAUAGCUUUUUCCCAUCGACAGCGCUCGUGUGCAAGUACGUGCGGUCGGCCAAAGCCUUUCACGUCGUCACAACGCUACUGGAAGAAAACAGUGUCUCUGGCAUCAUCGAGCAGUGGAAUGCAGGCACGCUCGCCGACGUGACGCGGCCGCAACUCGUGGUGCUGCUCCAGAACUUGACCGGCGACGCGAAGGACCGCGCCUCGGCCCUCGCGCCGUGA